GGUAUUUGCCAUUCAGUGGAUUCCAUCCCAUACCUCCCUACACACCUGGACCGAUUAAUAUCGAUGUCAAAGACGUGAAAAAUAUCACAACUUUCCCUGUUGGUUUCCUUACGAGUAUCAACGUAUUGGAAAUAGGUUCAGUGAAAAAUACAGGAUACUCAGUUGAGAUCAAUCUGGUUGAACCCGUGACAUCAAAUGCUUUAAUUGGAGGUGUACUUGGUCUAAACUUGUAUGUUUUCCGGCAAAUGAUUUAUUAUUGGGCUGAUAGUGCUGAUGGUGUUGCUACUACAACGGUUAAUGGUGAAAAUGGCACACCUCUUGAAGUUCACAUACUUUACUACAACGUUAAAUAUGGAUCAUUUCACGAGGCUCUGAAAUACCGCAACGGGCUGGCCGAAGUUGUUUUCCGGAUAAGUGUCGUUGGAUCGAUACCGAAUCCAGCAUUUACUCCAGUUGGAGGAACCCUGAAAAAAAUUCAAAAAGCUGGAUCCCAAGCAGAGUUCCCCCUUCUGUUGUCCUUCCUGUAUUUCGUUCUUUUCCCACCAAUAUCCAACUACUUCGUUUACCCAGGAGCAUAUCACAAUAUAACGACAGGAAAAAGAUAUUCCUGCGUCACUGUAAUCGUGCCUCCGCUCAAUCCUACCCAUUUUAUUUCAAAACAACAGCAAAUGCAGCCAGACAUGGUUUGUUUUUUUCAAAAAAUACCUCCAAUCGGGACGAUGAUUUUCAUUCUAAUACUCCUCAGUCUAAGUAGACUGACUUCAGCUUCAAUUGGAAUCACGCUGCCAUUCAGUGGAUUGCAUCCAAUUCCUCCAAAGACUCCGGAACCGAUAAAUGUGGAAUUAAGUCAAGCAAAAAAUGUCACCACGUUUCCGUUGUUGAUUUUUGGUGGAUUGACUGAAAGAGCUACAUUGAACAACACUGGACAUUCAGUUGAAGUGACAUUAGCAGAGCCUCUCACAUCAACAGUGUUAACAGGGGGUCUUUUAUACAAAGAAAUAUACAUUUACAGAAAAUGCAGAUUUUACUGGACAUCAAGUACAGAUGGUGUGGCUGGUUCGACAGUCAAUGGAAAACAUGGAACCCCUUUAGAAAUAUCCUUAUUGUACUACAACGUGAAAUAUGGAUCUUUUCAUAACGCCUUGAAUUUUCGAGAUGGCUUGGCUGAAAUCCUAGUUCGCGUCAAUGUGUUCCCAGGACCAAUUCCUAACCCAUUAUUUAUUCCAUUUGAACAAUACAUGAAGAAAGUCCGCAAACCUGGAAAUUCUGUUGAGCUUUUAAUUGCUAUAGCUUUCAUUUGGUACGCUCUGGUGCCUCCUAACGCCCCCUACACUGCGUAUCCAGGAUCAUAUGUUGAUGAAUCGACAGGGAAAAUGUAUUAUUGUACCACAACACUUGUUGUCCCAGCGUAUCCGUUUCAUUACAUAUCGAAGAAACAAUUCGAUGACACUUACGGUUCUUUGCUCGGAUUCGACGGGAAACCAUUGACGAAUAAACGCAAACAAUAUCCACGAGGUCGUAGACCAUUAGUUCAAACCGCUGGAGCGCUUGCAAUUCUUACUUUGGGAGGAGUAAUACCGUCCAGGGAGUGAUUUUUAAUGGUACAAUGUCUAUUACAAUGGGAUCUCAUCAGAGAUCUACCAAUUUCAUCUAUUCAUUGCAGUAAUAUGUAUUGCUUUGUUCAUAUUUGGUUGGCUUUAUUCAUGACGUUGGUAGAUUCUUUCGAUCAAAUAAAUCUAGCUGAAGACAUUCAAAGGUCCAUUAGGUUCCUCUUUCAAAGUCCGUAUUAGCAAUUCAUGAAACUUGAAGAUGAAUCAUUUCUGAUUAAAGUUUUUGAUUUUUUCUCAA